AUGUAUCAGAGAAUGGUUAACCGGAUGUUCAAAGGCCUUCUGGGACGGAAUAUGGAAGUUUACGUAGACGACAUGCUGGUCAAAUCAAAGGCAUGUGAAAGUCAUGCAAACAACCUCGCAAAAUGCUUCGAAGUGGUCCGGAGGUAUGGAAUGAAACUUAACCUGAAGAAGUGCACUUUUGGGGUCAAAUCAGAAAAGUUUCUUGGAUUUAUCGUCAGCGAAAGAGGAAUAGAGGCAAACCCGGAAAAAAUUCAGACUUUGCUAAACAUGCCUUCUCCCAAGAAGCACAAAGAUGUGCAAAGCUUGAUCGGGAAGGUUUUGGGACAAGUGCUAGCCGACUGCAUAACAGAGUGCAAUGAAGCAGAAGCAAGCGCGAACAUACCAGUGCCACAAACUCCAACAUGGAAAGUAUUCGUGGACGAAGCGUCCAGUGAAAACGAAUCCAGAGCUGGAAUAGCAAUGAUAUCUACGAACGGACUUCGACUCCAGGCGGUUCUACGCUUUGAAUUCCCGGCUUCCAAUAAUGAAGCUGAGUACGAAGCCCUGAUUGCAGGGUUGAAAUCAGCAAAAGUCUUGGGAGCCAUGAGAGUAGAAGUCUUCAGCGAUUUCCAGUUGGUGGUAAACCAAGUGUCAGGAGAAUAUCAAAUGUGUGGAGAAAAAAUGGCUGCGUACGUAGCAAUUUUCUGGGAGCUGCUCCAUGAGUUCACGGAUUAUAAGGUGGAAAGAAUCCCUAGAGAAAAGAAUGUCCACGCAGACUGUUUGGCUAAGUUAGCAUCAGACAGCGAGGUUGAGAAACUGGGGGUGGUGCCCGUUGAACGCCUCACGGAGCCCAGCAUCAAAACCAAAAAUAUUGUGGCAGCAGUUUAG